AAGAACAGUCUCUAUACUAGAAAAAAUCUAAUAGUGUGCAAUAUAAGGGAAACUAAUCCUGGUUCAGAUAUGCUAUUAUAUCUUAGCAGGAGUUCAGCACCCCCAAGUAACAACAUGUUGGAGGGAAAGCUACCUAUAAAAGCAUCUGUUUGAUUUUCUGUUCUUUCAUUUUACUUAGAAUCUCUGAGCAUAUCUUUGCUAUUAAAAACAGAUUCUAUAAAACAUCAAUAAAAUAUCAAUGAAAGAAAAUUUCAAUAUUAUGUUCAUAUAUUCAAUUUUUUUGAUAUUAAUUAUAUUUAUAUAUACCAAUGAAACAGUUGCUCAAGUAACAGAUGAUGAGAAUUGUGAAACAUUACAAUCAGAAGUACAUAUUACAAAAGAUGAAUAUGAUGAAAUAGGUCGGUUAAAAAGAACAUGUAGUGGAGAUAUAUCUGUUACAAAAUGUGAAGGAUUUUGUAAUUCACAGGUACAACCAAGUGUAGCAAGUACAACAGGAUUUUCAAAGGAAUGUUAUUGUUGCCGUGAAAGUUAUUUAAAAGAAAGACAUAUUACAUUACAUCAUUGUUAUGAUGCAGAUGGUAUAAAAUUAAUGAAUGAAGAAAAUGGAAUAAUGGAAAUCAAGAUACGUGAACCAGUAGAAUGUAAAUGUACUAAAUGUGGUGAUAUAUCCCAAUAAAUAAUUUAUAAAAAUGAUAAUAAAAUUAUUAUUUAGAAAUUAUGUAAUAAAAAUUAUAUAAUUCAAAAUAAAAAUGAAAAUACAGAAUA